AUGUUUUCAUCAACAAAUGAUAUGAUUAUAGGAGCAAUGUCUGGUAUAAUAAGUAAAACAGGUGUAUUUCCAUUAGAUUUAAUACGUAAACGUAUGCAAUUACAAAUACCUCCUUCACCAAAACAAAAAUAUUUUUUUAUAAAUUAUAUUCCUUUAUAUACCAAUUCAAUAAUAGUUAAUAUUAAAACUAUCAUAAGAAAUGAAGGUUUCUGUGGGCUUUAUAGAGGUUUAACUCCUGCUAUAAUUAAAGCUGCUCCUGUUAGCGCUGUAACUUUUUUCGCUUAUAAUAAAACUAGAGAAGUUUUAGAAAAAUUACAUUAA